AGGGAAAAAAAAAAGAAAGGAGAGAAAAGCCUUUAAAGAAAGCGAGAUCGACCUCGAGGCAGAUCGACCCAGCGCUCAGCUCAGCCCCAAAUCCUUCUCUCUUUCUCGCUGUCGCCGCCGACACGCGCGCGCGCGGCCCACCCCACCCUCACACCACCCCAGCUUCUCCUCGUCGAUCCGGCACGUACUUGCGGCGACGACCGGCGAGGCGGACGGAGCUAGCGGACAAUGGCGGUGAUGGCGACCCUCGCGCGGCCGCUGAUGGCCUCCCUGCUGGCGGCGCUCCUCCUCUCCGCCGCCUCGGCCGCCGACAGCAAAAACAACCCUGCCGACCAGCUUGUGUCAUUGAUCAACAGCAACCGCACUGCCAGCAAGGCAUCUUCUCUUGAUGAUAACCAAGGCCUAGGAUGCAUUGCUCUGCAGUACAUUAAAGCAUACGAGGGUCAAUGCAACCAGGUUGGGCAAAGCAAGAAGCCCAUGGAGUCCAGCUUCGCCGAAACAUUUGCCCCAAACUGUGGCGUCCAGGUCGCGACGCUUUCCAAGAUCACCGGGAGGCUUCUGGCGUGCCAGUCUAACUACGCGACGCCAGGCCAGGCCUUCGACUUCCUGGUUAAUGAUGCGAAGAGCCUCGAAGUACUGCACAGCAAGAACCACACUGAGGUGGGAGCAGCUGUCACUGGCACUUCCGGUGGCGGGCCGUACUUCUGGUGUGUCCUGUUCAGCAGCGGGAAGCCAAACACCAGCUUCAAGGUAGAUGGUGGGGUGCCCAAGUCCGUCCGUCCAGGAUGCUUCAGCGGCAACAACGACGACUGCAUGGGCGCCAAUGCUGCAGUCUCGAUCGGUGUGGGUACCUGGAGACUGGUGGCUGCCCUACUAUUCUCUGCGGCUUGUGCUUUGGCUUUGUGAGUUUAAAGUAGAGAUGUCCUGUUGCAUUGCACCAUUCUUUUGCUCAUCUUGGACUUGGUUUGGAAUUUUGCUUCAGAAGACCAGUAGAACACUCUGUUGUUGCUGCCGCACUAUUCUUUUGUCUCUUAGCAGCUGAACUCUGUCAGGAUUAAGAAACAUUGUUUUCUGCACUUAUAGAUGAUGAGACGAACUACCUGUGCGGUCUGUUCGUCUGUUGUAUUUAUAGUGUAUUUAUAUAAAUGUACUCUUUGGAAAAUAAUUGAGACUGUAACUUUGUAAGA